AUGUGAUAUUAGUGUUGAGCUAGGUGAAAAUAUUAUUGACGCCAUAUUGCUCAUGGUUAGAAAUUGGAAUAGAUGUUAAAUUUGUGGUGUGAAAGACGUAAACUGGAUUAAUAAAGUUUAAGGCCUGUAGACUACUAUAAAUACACUACAAUUAUUUAAUUAUUUCGUCGUUUUAUAUUGACGUUGGAGCAAUGAGUUUCCUCCCAGGUACAGAGUAUCCUGGUAAUGGUGUGCCAUAUGACAAUUUUGGAGAGAGUAAUGCAGUGUGUGGUGGAAAUAUAGAAGGUACUAAUGAGGCCUCAGUAUCAUCCUUACCUACUGAUAUAGAUCGACAAAAACUCAGAGAGAGAAAUCGGAGAUACAACAGACACAGAAAUCGAGAACGGUAUGAUAGAAGACGUGACAAAGGUGAUGGACCAUACAAUUGUGAUGAGGGUUUCUUUGAUUCAUGUGGAUUGGAGGACAAUUUUAGAGAUGGUUUUCUUGGAAAAGAAGAAUAUAAUGAGAUGGAACGUAACUACACUAGCAGAAGAAAUAGUGGCUACAACAGCUUUGGGGAUAGAGGAGAUCGUGAUGAUAGAAGAGGAAGAAACAGAGGACACCGUGAUCGAGAUCGAGCUAGAGACCGCAUCAGGGAUAGAGACCAUGAGAAAGAAAGAGACAGGGAGAGAUCAAGAGAUAGAGAAAGAGACAGAGAUAGAGACUAUCCUCGAGAGCGAGACUGGCGGGAGGAAAUACCAAAUAAUACCAUAAUGGUCAGAGGGUUAGCUCCUCAUAUUACAGAAGGAGAUCUGAGGAAUGAAGUGACUUGUUAUGGUCUUGAACCUAAAGAUGUUCGUCUUAUGCGGAAGAAGUACAAAGAUACAGGUGCAUCCCGGGGGUUUGCUUUUGUGGAGUUUCACUUACUCUCCGAAGCCAUACGCUGGAAGGAACUUACACAGGGAGUAUUGAUCUUUGGUGGAGACUAUCGUGCUACUCUGCAUUACAGUAUUCCAAAGGAUGGCAGUGGAUUAAAACGUGGUGAUGCUGGCAAAGCUGACUGGAGCUGCAGUAAAUGUGGACUGAAUAACUUUCGGAGGAGAGAUGCAUGCUUUAAAUGUGACACUCGCAGAGAGGGUAAGAGUUUUAUAUUGGUUAUUGUUUCUUUUCGUUAUUCACUGCUGUUUCGUAAUCUCGAUGUACUGACAACAGAAGAGAAGGUGCUUUCUGUUUUGGGUGAAUUAACUUCCCUACCGAUUAAAAGCUUGGGGAUAGCCAAAGACCCUUUGACCAAUACAUCCCGAGGGUUUUGUUUAGUGGAGUUGCAUUCUAUAUCUGAGGCCACACAACUUCAUGACAUGUUAUUGUCAAUGAAUGGCCAGUUUUAUAUAGAUAAUAGACCAGUUAAUGUAACGUAUGCAAGAAAAUCUGUGAAUGCUAUACACAGUGCUGCCAGUGCCAAUGCUGCAAGUGUAGCUUUAGCAGCCGCUCAGUGGACAAAUCGGGCUGAACCAGGAUUGACAUCUUCAGGUCAGGUUGAUCCAUACCAACAAGGUUAUGAAAAGUAUCAGGCUGAUUACAGUUCGUAUUAUCAGAGUAAUUAUGGAACUUAUUCUGCUGACUCUGAAGCAGUUGCAAGUGGUGAUGUACAAACUCAAGUAACUCAACAAGCGGAUUUUCAGAAGUCAGGUGCCACAAAGCAGAAGAUUGUGCAGGGAAAAGCUACAAUUUCUAAAGGACCUCAGGGAGGUACAGGAGCAAAAUCCCAGGUUAAUCUAGGAUCAGUUGUGGUUGAUGGUGUUACUUAUGCUAAGUACCCAGUUCCUGAUACAUCUUCAUAUCAGUAUGACGAAACUUCAGGGUAUUACUAUGAUCCAGCGACGGGCCUUUAUUACGAUGCUAACUCUCAGUAUUACUAUAAUGCGGAAUCUCAGCAGUUCGUAUAUUGGGAUGGUGAGAAACAAACGUACCUGCCUGCUCCUACGCAGACUUCGAGCACUCAUGAGACAUUGGGAGGAACUGAAGCAGAAUCAACCAAGGAUGAUAAGUCUAGAUACAAGCAGGACAAAGUCAGAAUUGCCAAGAAGAUAGCCAAGGACAUGGAAAGAUGGGCAAAAACUUUGAACCAAAAGAAAGAAAAUGCCAAGCAAAACUUGUCUGCUCAACAGUACAAAGAGAUGGCGGAACAAUUCAGGCAGUCUGCAGCUGCUGAUGCCGGUUUUGCCGUUUUGGAGAAGAGAACCACACACACAGACAGACAAACCUUGAUUAGCGACUCUAUAAAAAAAGAUCCUGAAGAGAAAAGUAUUCUUCAGAUUACAUUAGCAGGCAUCAGCAAACCUACACUCAAACCCAGCCUUGUUGCAGCUUAUGAUGACUGCAGUGAUUCAGACACUGAGCCAGAUACUAUGGCAGAUGGUCAGCUUGUACAAGAUCCUUUAAGGGCCUGGGAGAUGAGACUUACCGACUUGCAGAAGAUGGCUUGUUUGCUUUGUAAACGUCAAUUCCCAAAUAAGGACGCACUAUCAAGACAUCAACAGCUUUCAGAUUUACAUAAGCAAAACCUGGAAACCUUAAAAAGAACCAAACUGUCACCUGAAGAACUGGAAAUUGUGGAAAAGGCAGAGAGAGAAGCUGGUUAUAGGGAUCGAGCUAAAGAACGUAGGGAGAAGUACGGACAGCCUGAAAAUCCACAUCCAAAUAAACUAAAAGACAAAUAUUUGAAAAAUAUUCAACAGAUUGCUCCAUAUGAACAGCCUACUAAACAAGGUAUAGGAAGUGACAAUAUUGGCAACAAGAUGAUGAAAGCCAUGGGGUGGUCAGAAGGUCAAGGACUGGGUAGAGCAAAUCAGGGAAUAUCCAAUAUUAUCCAGGUAGAAAGAAGAGUAGCAGGUGCUGGAUUAGGAAUGGCUGGAGCAAACUCUGGGGCAAGUGCCACGGACUCUUAUAAAGACACAGUUAAGAAGUCCAUGCAAGCAAGAUAUAACAAUCUGUGUUGAUAGUCGUUCCUGUGUUUUAUGCUUGUAAAUAUCCCAUCAUGUAUAAACAAAUAAAAGUGUACAUAAUAAGUUACUUUUGUAGGAAUACCAA